UUCCCCAGAACCGGUCGUGGUCGCUCGCUCACAGUCUCCGUUGUCCGCCGGUCGGUAGUUCUGAAACGGAAAUUCAAAAAUACCAGAAUUGCUAGGAUUCCAAAUUCGCAAAGAAAACUUGCAUAAUUCAAAUUAACAUUAGUCAUAUCAACAGCUUCCGCUGCUGCAAGUGUUUUUGAAGACGUCUGUACGGGGCACUCAGCGCUCGCCUUUUGAUUUAUAAAAAAAUAACAAUUUGAGAACAAUUGCUAUUGUCUGGCAUAUAGAGCCCUCUGUUCUCCGGGUCGCUACAUUAUUUUCAGCCCUCUGACUGCCUCCGGCGACAGCUGGCGAAAGUCAAACGGCAACCACCGAAGCAAGCUCUGUGGUUUGGACCCAACACAAUGUGCAGAAUAAAACACCACGCUGUGGCAACCUCUUCGGCCCCCCCUUGCCGGACCUGCAAGUAGGCGAGCAAAAGCACAAACCAGCCAACCCCACAACCGGAAGUGGCCACAGCGAGGCCGUAAAAAGCUAAGCACCGCUCGAUCAGAGACAUUCAAACGAAACAUGAGCGCCCUCAUGGACAUGAGCCAGACGCUGGCUCUCAGCCUGCUGUAUGCCCCCCCUGACGCCACUGGCGGAGUAUCCCCCAACAUCAUCAGCAUCGGGAGCGGGAACGGCAGUGAUGGCGGCGGCAAUGACAGCAGUCUUGGCCUAGCAACAGGACAACAGGGGGCCGCCACGGCAGUGGGAGGGGUCCUGGGUCUGGGGCAGCACAACGCCAGCGCCGACGGCGGAGGUGGCCCAUAUGUGCCAGUUCUGGAGCGCCCGGAGACAUACAUCGUCACCGUUCUGUACACGCUCAUCUUCAUCGUGGGCGUGCUGGGCAACGGAACGCUGGUCAUUAUCUUCUUCCGCCACCGGUCGAUGCGCAACAUCCCCAACACCUACAUACUGUCCCUGGCUCUGGCUGAUCUGCUGGUGAUUUUGGUUUGCGUGCCCGUAGCAACUAUUGUGUACACGCAGGAGAGCUGGCCCUUUGAAAGGAACAUGUGCCGCAUCAGCGAGUUCUUCAAGGAUAUCUCCAUCGGAGUGUCGGUCUUUACCCUCACUGCCCUGUCCGGCGAAAGGUACUGCGCCAUCGUGAAUCCGCUGCGCAAGCUCCAGACAAAGCCGCUUACAGUCUUCACCGCCGCGAUGAUUUGGGUCCUGGCCAUCCUUCUGGGUAUGCCGUCGUUCCUGGUCUCCAACAUCAAGUCUUACACCGUGCUCACGCCCAACGGAAAUAUGAGCAUCGAAGUGUGCGAUCCCUUUCGCGACCCGGAGUACGCGAAAUACAUGGUGGCGGCCAAGGCCUCGAUCUAUUACCUACUACCGCUGUCUAUCAUCGGUGCACUCUACAUAAUGAUGGCCAAGCGGCUCCACAUCAGCGCCCGGGACAUGCCAGGGGAGCAGCAGAGCAUGCAGAGUCGCUCCCAGGCCCGGGCUCGCCGCCACGUGGCACGCAUGGUGGUAGCCUUUGUUGUGGUAUUCUUCAUUUGCUUCUUCCCGUACCACGUGUUCGAGCUGUGGUACCACUUCUAUCCCACAGCCGAGGAGGACUUCGAUGAGUUUUGGAACGUGCUGCGCAUCGUGGGAUUCUGUACGAGCUUCCUCAAUUCUUGCGUCAACCCCGUGGCUCUUUACUGCGUAUCUGGAGUGUUCCGGCAACACUUCAACCGCUACCUCUGCUGCUUCUGCGUCAAGCGCCAGCCUCACCUGCGGCAGCACUCUACGGCUACCGGAAUUAUGGACAACACUAGCGUAAUGUCCAUGCGCCGCUCCACCUAUGUGGGCGGGGCAGGCGGCAAUCUGCGGGCCUCGAUGCAUCGGAACAGCAAUCACGGAGGUGGAGGGGGCUCGGGGCUUUCGGCUGGGCGGGGGGCCAGCUUCCACGGCGGGGACUCUAUGCCAAUGCAGCACAGCAACGGCCACGGGGCGGCAGGAGGCACUCUGGGAGGAGCAGGAGUGGGUGCCACUGGAGGUCCUUCCUCGGGACGUGCGGCGGCCGUGGGCGAGAAGAGGUGAGGCACGCUGAUUGUGGAGCUGUUGGAGGAGGAGGACGUAGAGGUGUCCCUUCAGGCAGAUGAGCAGCUCUGAGCGAAAACAAUAGGCCAUUGAUCUCACUUUGUGUUGGCACGCAACCCCGUUCCCUGAGCACCCAUAGCACAGCGCUCGGCAAUUGCCGGCUAAUUUAAAAUCGCUUCCCUUACCUCACCCUUUCCGUCCCCAGCCACCUCUAUCCCCACCCAUUCCCUGGAUAAAGCGGAUGGGUGCAUCCCAAGUGCGGCAGCCGCCGGAGGGACUAGCCGUAUCAAUAGCAUUUUACUAACUCUAAGCCUAUAAAUUUGUAUAAAGUUUGAAACAGAACCUAUUGCGUACUAGUAUAUAUUUUAUGCAGUGUUAUCGUUAUCCUACUAUAUUCCCUACUUUAGUCGUACUAUAUGUGAUGUGUUAAUUAGGUAAGUCACCCAGCACAUUAAAUGUAACUCGCAACUACCUGGCCUAUCAAUAAAAUUGUAUUUAACGAGCCAGGCCCGCACUACACAUACACAGACCCAGUCCCUGCUAAUUAUUGAGUAUACACUCUCCGUAAAUAUCAAUAGGAUUAACUUGUAGCAUACAAUUCUGUAAAUAAAUGGAUUCCAUAAGUGUAAAUGGUCUGGAUGUUGUAAUCAAUGCAGUGCACUUUCAGAGUUGCGUCUGGUAAGCGUGCUUUCACAGGCUGGAAACUAACAUUUAAAGUAUCCGUGUGGAUAUCCGAUAUUAAGAAAUACAAGUAACAUUGUCUGUUCCCCGAUUUCAGCAUCAAUCGCUUCGAAAGCAACCGCUUGCGCUACUAAGGGCAAGCCCAAUGUGAGCUUCAAGGAGGCCUCCAAGCACAUAAUCAUCUACUCAUCGUCCUUA